AUGAGUUUACCAUUUAUAAAUUAAGCUAUUCAAACUAUAUAACAGUUUCCUAUUACCUAACAAACAAAUGAACUCAGAUUAAUUAAUCAAACAUGUUAAUACUCAUCGAAGUAGUUGGGAAAAUUUAAGAUUGAUAAUACAUAAUGGAAUCAAUACAUCACUAAAGUAGAAAUAGAAAUCUCUAAAAUAUUAUAUGAAUAUGGUUAUCGUGUUAAACCUAAUCCUAUUCAUUAAUUUAACUUUGAUACCUUCUUAUAAAAGAAAGCACGCCUUAAUAUAACAACAGAGGAUUACAGAGAGGCAUUACUUUAAUUUUAUGAAAAUUUAUAAGCUAAUCUGUGGAUUAGAAGAAAAUAUUUAAUAAGAUAAAGAAUAUCUUUACUACAUAAUCCUACAGAGGAUGUUUUAUUUUAUGAUCCAUUAGUUAAGGUGAAAUAAGAUGUUAUUCCUAUAGAAAUGUAUUCAACAGUAAAUGUAGAGAGAAUACAUCCAGAUGAGAAUAAAACUUUAGUUGAUGAAGAAAUAAAAAUAAUAGAUGAAAAAUUGAUAGAAUAUGCAAAGAUAAGUGAGAAAUUAUCAAAUGAGAGAAUAUUUGAUCCUUCAAGAUUUGAUUAAGACAUACAUUUAAAUAUCAACUGA